ACUGCAGUUACUGAGAAAUCACAAGACGAAGCUAAAAUCCCUCUUCAGAUCCACAAUCAACUGCCCUGAACACGUCUUGCAAAAAGUCCAGAGGAAGAAGAGCCAUGGAUUACUACAGAAAAUAUGCAGCUGUCAUUCUGGCCACAUUGUCUGUGUUUCUGCAUAUUCUCCAUUCCUUUCCUGAUGCAGAGUUUACAAUGCAGGGUUGCCCAGAAUGCAAGCUAAAGGAAAACAAAUACUUCUCCAAGCUGGGUGCCCCAAUUUACCAGUGCAUGGGCUGCUGCUUCUCCAGAGCAUAUCCCACUCCAGCAAGGUCCAAGAAGACAAUGUUGGUCCCGAAGAACAUCACCUCAGAAGCCACAUGCUGUGUGGCCAAAGCAUUUACUAAGGCCACAGUGAUGGGAAAUGCCAAGGUGGAGAACCACACAGAGUGCCACUGCAGUACCUGCUAUUAUCACAAAUCUUAAAUAUUUUGCAAAGUGCCGUGUUGAUGACUGCUGAUUUCCUGGAUUGGAAAAUUAAUUUGUUCAGUGUAUAUGGCCUUGUGAGACAAAAGCCUCCCUUUCCUCACCAUUCCCCUUUGGCGUGCUUCAAGGAUACACUGCAGCUUUAUUGUCUUUCUCUUCAUCCGACAGUAUCAUCAGCAGUCUAGCUCUUUUCAUUUGGAAUGAAAUACAGCAUUUAGCAUGAUCAUAAAAAGCUGGUUCCACUGGAAAUAAAGUCUUUUAAAUCAUCA